AUUGCAUAAAAGCUAUCAUGCCAAGAACCUACAAAAGAAGAACCAACUGGGGCUCAACACCCUUAGAAGAGAUGGAGAGAGCAGCCAUUGAUGUUGAGGGCGGAAAAUCCAUCAGAUCAGUGGCUAAGGACAGAAACAUUGACAGGUCAACACUGCAGAGGUACAUAAAAAAGAAGGAGGUAAAGAAAGUCAAAACUGUAGGGUACAGUGGAUCAGCAGAAGCCAAGAAGGUUUUCACAGAAGAAGUGGAAAAGGAGCUUGCCGAUCACAUCAAAAAGUUGGCUGAGCAGUUCCAUGGCCUCACUCCAAAGAAAUGCUGUGAACUGGCAUUCCAGUUUGCACAGAAAAACAACAUCCCUGUCCCCAACAACUGGAAAGAAAAGGGUCUAGCGGGUCGAGAUUGGUUCAAGAACUUUAUGGCAUGCCACCAUCUCUCCUGUCGUAUGCCUGAAGCAACAUCUUUGGGUAGAGCUACAGCCUUCAACAAAAGUGAUGGACAGGUUUAAAUUCCCUCCAAACAUGAUUUAAAAUGUUGAUGAAACAGGUGUCACAACAGUGCAGACACCAAAGCAAGUUGUGGCGGAGAAGGGAAAGAAACAAGUGGGGGCCAUCACAUCUGCCGAAAGAGGAGAGCUUGUGACUGUGGUCUGUGCAGUCAAUGCUACUGGGAAUGCAGUGCCUCCCAUGUUCAUCUUUCCAAGGGUUAGAUACAAAGACCAUUUCAUUACAGGAGCACCUCCAGGAUCAAUUGGUUCUUCCACCAGAUCUGGCUGGAUCAAUGAAGAUACCUUUGCUGAGUUCCUUGAACAUCUGGUUCAGCAUACCAAGUGCUCCUCUGACCAUCCCAUACUGCUACUCCUUGAUAACCACGAGGCCCAUAUUUCACUGAGGGCACUGGAUUUAGCAAAGAGUAAGGGGAUUGUUAUGCUCACAAUUCCA